GGUUGGUUCUGUUUGAGCAAGAAGAAAUCUAGAGCUACCCUCAUUAAUAAUAUGUCACGUUCAAUGGACUACUCUAUGGUGGCUCCUAAGAGUUCUUGUGUUCUGAAGCUGAACAUCUGCUGCUCGAGAUGUGAGAAAAAGGUGAAGAAACUCCUGCAAAACCUUCGUGAAGUCGAUUCAGUUUUCGUAGACAAAGAAAAUGGUAAGGUGACCAUCUCAGGCACCGUAGACCCACACACACUCAAAACCCUACUUGAAAUGGCCGGCAAAAAAACCGAGUUUGUGUACUUGGAUCAAUCCCAUGACAACAACCACGAAAAUAUGGAAAUUGUACCAUCAACACCAAUAGUACUCCGAGGCCAAGGGAUGUCGAAUGACAAUGAUUCAAAUAUGGUGGCACAACUCAAGCAAUUGUCCUCACAAAUUCAAGGGUUGAAACAUGUGGAGUUCACCCAUUCCAAGACUGUUCGGUUGACUUUCAAGGGCGAAGCUGACACCCACGGUGCCAAGAUAGUUGUGGAUGACAAGAUCGUUGUGGAUGACGGUGGUGGUGGUGGUGGUGGUUCUGGUGGUGGAGCUGCCCCGUGUUGUGGUGGUGGCCAUCAUGUGGUGCCCCGUGGCUGCCUUGAUGGGGCUUGUGGUAGUGGUAGUCAUCAUGGACUACCUAGGAACGUUUGUGCCAUGCACAACCAAUGCGGUGGCGGGUACUGGCCACCACCGCCUCCAUGGCCAAGCUGGACCGCUCCGUCAGGGCCACAGUAUGUACCAAAUUAUGAUCCAAGUGCACCUCCUGCCCCAGUUGGGUACCCAUACCACAGCCCAUUCAGUGAUGAUAAUGUGAAUAGUUGCAUCGUGAUGUGAGCUGCUACAAUAAUUUAGUUUCGUUGGACUUUUGUUUCCAUAAACUUGGAGUUUAAUUUUCUUUCACUUUUGUUUGCCUUUGUGAGUGCUUGUGUUUGAAGU